GGCUGGAAGUGCACAUCACUGCAGCAUUUAAUGUUCUUCCUCAUCUCCUGCCAGUGAAUUCGGUGUGUUACAGAAGGACAACACUAAAUGUAUUGCCAAGUUUCCUAAAAUAUUGCUCUGCUGUAUCAACUCUUAACAGCCUCUUUGUGCCGUGUCGUGACCUACUGUCAUGACGCCUGAUUAAACGUGCACUUGGACAAAAAAACAGCAUGCUUGCUUUCCUCUGGAUCCCUCUAGCGGCGUCGGCUCGCUUGUGCGCGCGCUGGUGAAGAGGCGCUGUGCGGCUCGAGCGUUUCCCCGGAGCGCAGUCUUUCACCUCCUCCAUACUGCCUCCUUCCUCUGCACAGCUGCGCGCGCGCCCGCCCGCCCGUCUCCGCCCGACUGCCUUCAACAAAAACACCGCUUCCUCUGGUGAGUAUGGAAACCUAGAUCAGCGCUUACUAUAUGACUGAGGGUGAGGUGCAUUGCUGGGACUGGUAAGAAGCCAUAAAAGGCUGGUGAAAAAGAGAAAUACCUGGAUAAAGAUGGUUAAACUUGGGAGUAAUCUACAGGACAAAGGGAUUAAAGCAGUGACCGUUGAAGAUGGAUUUCAAACUGUUCCCCUUAUCACGCCCUUGGAUGUUAGUAAUCUUCAGUACCAAGCGCCAGACAAGGUGGUGGUAAAGACACGAACUGAAUACCAGACGGAGCAGAAGAACAAGGCCAAGAUGAAGGUGCCCAAGGUGGAGGAGUACACCAUAAGCUUCACUGAUGGGGUGUCAGAGAGACUGAAGGUCACCAUCCUAAUUGUCCUGGCUUUGGCAUUUCUUGCCUGCAUAGUGUUUUUAGUGGUGUACAAGGCAUUCACUUAUGACCACACCUGCCCAGAUGGCUUUGUGUACAAGCACAAGCGAUGCAUCCCAGCCUCCCUUGAGGCCUACUACACUGCACAGGAUGCUCACUCUCGUGGACGCUUCUACACGGUGAUCAGCCACUACAGCAGCAUGGCUAAGCAGACCAUGUCACGCUCCGUCUCACCAUGGCUUCCAAAUGGCAACGUCCAGCAUGAUGAUAAACCACCCAAUACUGUCAGCCAAUGAGGCUGCUAAUGCUGAUACUUCAGUGGCCAUGCCUGCUUGUUCCCCAUCUGACUUACCUAACACUAUUCUCCAUUUCUACUCUUCUAUUUAAUUUUUUACUCAUAUAGUUCAUUUGUACAAGUUAUUUAUUUAUGAUUACCUUUAUUGUAUAAUUUCAGUUUUUAUUGUAUUGAAUAUCAGAUAAUUGUUUGUACAAAGGCAUGCGUCUGUGACGCAUAUCAAAAGCAAAGGACCCAUUAGAAACCAUGUAGGUUCAUGACUGUCUGAUUCAUUGUAAAAGGCAUGUUGCAGAUACUGUAUGGGAUUUUUUUGUGCUUUGUUUCCAAGCAUAUUGUUUGUGUGGUUUUAUGUCCAGACUGGGAUAUAUAAAUAACAGUAAUAAAACAAACAAAAAAAAAAUCAUAUACUGGUGACAAAAUACAUGGUAAAUGUAUGUUAUGGUUCCUCCUUUGAGCCUAACUGUAAAUAGCCCAUGAGAAGUAAGAUCCAGUGUCUGUGUUGCCAUAGGAGACGUUGUAAGAUUAUUACUGUUUCUGAUUAAGAAGCCUUUUGGAGCUUUGUGUUUCACUUUAGCCAGCAGUCUAUGAUCAAUCUGAGGAGGAUGAUCCAGGGACAAAAUACCCAGUGCUCUGGGAUGUAGAAACUCCGACUGCUAUGUUUAGUAAUAGAUCUGUGCUAUUAUCGCUUUUCUUAUUAUUUGCUGUCAGUAAAAAAGAAAUCUUGUGCUAAAUCCUAGUUAAUAUGUAGCAAAGCGUGGAAUAUUUGAUUCUGUAGCCUUUAGGUUUAAAACAAUAAAGAUAUUAUAAGACA